CUAUCUCUCCUUCCCUCCCUCCCCCCCUCCUUCCCUUCAAGUCUCCCUGGCCAUUGCCUAAAAUAGUGGCUAGAAAGAGGAAAAUGAAGGCUGAGCUAAUUGUUUAACCUAAUGUUAAAAGAAGUGUAUUUCAUCCAUUGAAAGACAGUUUUUUAAUCUGAGUGGAUAGUGAAAAGCACACAUUGUUUUGAAGAUUUGUACUUGCUAAAAACCAUGCAUGCGAGAUACUAGAUUAGAUAUUUAUAUUUGUUUCAGUAAAUCUUUUAAUUUUUGUGCAACACCAAAGCCUAUGUAGCAGGAAAAGAACUCCUUGUUACUCUGUUAUAGUAUAUGCCUUGCUGCUAGGAGCAUGUUCUACCUACCUGUGAGUCUACCAGCAGCCUAGCAAGGAUGGCUGCAGCAAACAAUGAAUUCUGCUGUGGCAGAAGAUCACAGCUGUGAUGAUUUAAAUCACAUUCAUUGUUUUCAUUAGAAAAGUGAUGAACACUCGUGGGCUGCAGCUUACAAUGAGUUUUGUUCUUACUGGCACUGUUGGCCACUAAAAAAAUAAAAGGGACUUGCGUUGAUACUUUUUUUAUGGACGCAGAAUUAUAAUCCAUCCAGUUCUUUGUACAUGAGAUCACUUGCUUGAAAAUGAUGUGUAUAAUAUUUGUGAGAUUCAGUGUUCAGCCUGUUGUUAAAUACAACCAGUGGCUUAGAAUGAAGCAGAAGAUAAAAUGUAUGUAUUGAAGUGAAAAUCUAAUCUAUGGAGCAAUCCAAAACAUGGAGGUAUAAAUCACAGUAGUAACUGGGAAACCACAUAAAAACAAUACUAUUAGUAGAGGAGAGUUAUUUAAGAACAACAUUAUUCAGAAAAUGGGAAAGAGGGUUGAAAAUACACAAAGGUGGUCACAGUUGGACAAGCUUGCUGUAUAGAGCAGCAAACCCUUGGAUGCCAUCUAUGGCCCACCUGGUCUAGUGUGAUUAAUUUUUAUAAUUCCAGGCUAAUACAUAGUACUCUGGACAUAAUUGAUUCAGAGUUAUUUUUAAAAUACAGGAUGUCUUAGAUAUUUUAAGUAUAAAUCCUACUUUAGUACCAAGGAAAUGACUUGGUGAGCAAGGCUCUGGCUUCCAAGAAUAACAGCUGGAGUUCAAGUCUAGAGGUCCAGAGGUUGGAAUGGGGACAGAUGCCUGAGAGUUGUCCUUUCUCCCCACAUAGGCACCAAGGCAUGACUUCCCCACAGACAGACAAGUUUGAUGAGAAAAUAAAAUAAAGAGAUCACAAAGAAAGAAGCCUUUAACAAUAUUUGAUGCUGUUCGUGAGAUUCCAAUUUGAAUUCUUAUUUCAGCUUGGAUUCCAUGCUUGUGACAUUACUGAAGACCAUUUCCUCUCACAUGAGCAUUUCUCGCGGGAAGUGAUGUUUAGAAUGCCGGUACCUAUGUGAGUCAUUGAGUUCUUAGUGAGUCUGGUGAAGCUCUUGUUAAUAUUACCUUAAAUGUUACCCUCAAGAGACUGAGACAUGGCAGGACUGUCUUGGUGACUUCCACAUGUAAAGCUAUUCUUACGAGCUGCUAUAGGCUUCUAGAACAAUAGUUUUCAACCUUCCUAAUGCUGUGGCCCUUUAAUACAGUUCCUUUUGUUGUGAUGACCCCAACCAUACAAUUAUUUUUUGCUGCCACCUUGUAACUAAUUUUGCUACUGUUAAAAUACCUGUGUCUUCUGAUGGCCUUAGGUGAUCCUCUGUGAAAGGACUAUUCAAACUGCAAAGGGUGGUUGGUGACCCACAGGUUGAGAACUGCUGUCCUGAGUGAACCGAAUAUUAAAAAUGGAUUAGGAUUGCCUGUCUCUAGAAACUUAGUUCUUCGGAAGGGUAGCAAAUGGGUGGAGCAAGGUUUUGUUCUACCUCUAUCAGUUAGAGCUCCACAGGUGUCAUUUUCCUUACCUCUGCACUUAAGAGCUUAGUUAAACCCCACCUUAAGGAAGGGUGUUAGAUACUUCUUUUCUCGUGCAAGUCUUGCCAAUGUAUUCUGCCUGGAUGAUGGAGAGGCAAAGGGAGGAGGGAAUACAUCUAUUGCUGCUCUAGGUUCUCUUCUCUGAGUAUUUCUGAUAUUCUUUUUUCUGAUCAUCUUCCUUUCUCUCUUUCCUUGUCAUCUCUUCUUUCUUGUGGUGACCUGUCUCUGUACUGGUUAAAAUGACAUGUUUCCUGCCCCCCUGCCCCCAGCUGUGACUGUUUCUAGCCUAUGUGUCCAAGUUUCUUAUGAGCAUUUUGAUUCAUAUGUUCGGCCAUCAGUACACUUAGAUAAUGUAUUGUAGAUGGUCAUCGCAUACAUUUUAAAAUAUGUUCUGAGUCAUCUUACUGUGGAUUUUUUUUGAAUAAAUUAAAAGUCACAGGUAAAAAAAAAUACAAUCUUAAGUAACUUAGAGCAGCCUGCCUUGGCUUCUCUCUGGGCAGGCAGUACCUACCCUUCCUGACGUCUCCCUUCCCUCAGUUCCAUUGAACUUGACUCUGAGGCUGUACUUAACUGCGGUCCAGAAAUAACACUGAAGGAUCGAUGAUCUCAGAACAGGAAACCAGAAAUCACACAGUAACCAGAGUACCUAAUGGAGAUUAAGAGUGAUGUUGGGAGCCGGGCAGUGGUGACGCACACCUUUAAUCCCAGCACUUGGGAGGCCAAGGCAGGUGGAUUUCUGAGAUUGAGGACAGCCUGGGCUACAGAGUGAGUUCCAGGACAGCCAGGGUUACACAGAGAAACCCUGCCUCGAUAAAACCAAACAAAAACAAAGCAAAGAGUGAUGUUGGGUUCCUGAGAUGGCCCAGCCAGUUAUCAGUGACAUUGAGUCUAAAAAAGAGAAAUGAUGUAUCCAUUCACAUAUAUAUUGUUUCAAAUUCUUUCUGUUUGAGGACAGAUAAAGAUAACUGAAAAAGAAAAUCCUGUGAUUCCAUAAAGAAAUGUAAUAAAAAUGCUGGGAUGGUAGAAAUAUUUCCUUUAAGGACAGAGUGGUAUUUGGAGUAGCUUUUCUGUAUAGGAGCAGGGUUUUCUUAAAGUGCUAGUAUUACCUGAGUCACCGACUGUCAGUCAAAUAUCUUCCAUGUAACUGGCUAUAUAUGAUUCUUGCCUGGUUUUCAAUGUCCUCAUUUAUAAGCUGUAGUUUUAAAGUACCUGUUCUCCAUGUUGCACUGGGGACUAUGGAAAUGUGAUCUGUGCAAAGCAUGAGGCAGCGUCUUGGAAGCUUGUGUACUUUAUGAAUGUUGAUUGCUAGGCAUAUUAGUGAUAAUGGCGAGCCGCUUUAGUAUGUGAUGGGUUACUGCUGGUUAUUUCUCUGAAGCUUUGUAAUUAGUCAUGCAACGUGAUGUUCCCUUUUUUAAAACAAUGAAAAUGCUUUCUUUCUUUUUCCUCUUGCUAAUAUAAAGUGAGAAAGUGAUGUAAGUUGGGACUAUGAAGCACUUAGAAAGCUGCUCAGAAAAACUGUAUGAACAUAGGCUCUAGCGCUGACCUUACUCAUUACUAUAAGUUUUCAAGCAAUAUGGCUAUUUGGAAUCUAUAUUGUUUUAGAGUAUUAGAGAAUGUGUGUGUGUGUGUGUGUACGUAUAUGUUUGUGUGUAUAUAUAUAUAUAUAUAUAUGUGUGUGUGUGUGUGUGUGUGUGUGUGUGUGUGUGUGUAUAGUGAUAUGUACACAUACAGACACAUAUAUGUGUGUGUAUAUAUAUGUACAUAUAUAUGUAUAUAUACAUAUAUAAAAUGUAUCUACACAUUCUAACACAUUAUGAAAUUAUGACAUCAAUGCAAUUAAGCUGUUAAAACAACCUUAUCCAAGCUAUCAUGCCUCAGUCUGGUAGAAGAUGCUUGCCUGUGCCUUAUCCUUCUUUAGAUGUACAGAAUUUCCACUUAUGACCACAGGUCGAUCAUAUUUUCUCAUUUUUCUUCAAUGAGGACAUUAUAGUUACAUGAUAAUAGUACACUGCUGUUUUAAAAACAUAAAUAAAGCACACAUAUUUUUAAAAUGGAUUACCUACCGUUUUUUGUUUCACCUAUGGUUGGUCCAUCGAUGAGCUCUGUCUGUUUCUCUGUUUGUUGUAGAAUUAAUUUAUGAAUGCAAUUAUGGAAUCAGGGAUUAUCAAUUUAUUUAUUUAUUUAGUCUUUAUCCUUUCAAGAUUCUUUUGAUCCCUAAUAAUGCUGGAUGAGGAAGGGUCUUUUUGUCACUUUGUCACAGUGGUUACAAUAGUACUAAUUGGAAAUAGUGAGUUGAGUUAAUGGUGCAAUGCUUCAUCAUAUCUAUCUGUCUGUCUGUAUAUAACUUUAAAAGAGAAGAAAGGAGGCUGGAGAGAUGGCUCAGCAGUUGAUGGAUUGGUGUUCUUGCAGAGGACCCAAAUUCCAUUCCCUGCACCUAUGUCAGGCAGCUCCCAAGAACCUGUAACUUCUGUUUCAGGGGAAUCUGAUGGUCUCAGAAUCCUCUGCAUGGGCACCUCUUCAUACAUGUGGCAAGCACACACACACACACACACACACACAUACAUACAUACACACACACACACACACACACCCCUACACAUAAAUACUAAAAUAAAUCUUAAGUAGAAAACACGAGAGAGAAAUAGCCUUCAGACAGUAGUAUAGCAGUAUAGGACUGAAGCACAUAGAUGCCCUAUCUUAGAAUAGUCUUGAGCUAUUAAUAGAAUUGAAAUAGCUACGUAUUAGAAUUGCCUUAGAGAAAAGCUUAUUAAUGCAGCCAACUGACUUUUAUUUUCUGGUGUUGAGGACUCAGUGCAGGGUUCUGCAUAUGCUAAACAAGCUCUCCCAAUGGGCCGUGACUCAGUUCCCUCUUCUAUGCUCACUAUUGAAAGUGCAUUCUGCAAUGCUGAAGUCUUUGAAGUAAAAAUUAAAGAGUCAAAAACCUUUAAAAAUAUAUUUCCCCAUUUUACGUACAAGCAUCCUUCCCUUAACAUGAUAUUUAUUUCAAUCUCACACUAUUUGAAACCCAAUUCUCCAAGGCAAUAUCAGAACCCACUGUUGAAUUUUUUAUUAGCACUUAAAAAUAGCUUUAAUGAAAUCUGUUUCUUAAGGGUUUUUUUUGGUCUGUUUGCUCAUGUGCUGUGUGCAAGUGCACAUUUAUGAGUAUGUGUGCAUGUACUCAUGCUUAUGAGUGUGUGUGUGUGUGUGUGUGCAUUCUGGUAGACAGAGAGGCCAAAUGUCAGUGUGUCUAGUGUCUUUCUUUAUUGCUCUCCUCUUAAUACUUUGAGAAAGGGUCUCUCACUGAGUGUUUAGCAUGCUGGGUGUGGUCUAGGCUGAAAGACAGGGAACUUCUUCAACCCAGUGGUCUCCAACUCACUGCUGCAAGAAUUGGAAGAGCUUACUGGAAAGCAACAUGCCUCGCUUUAUAAUGGGCUCUGGGGCUGUGAGCAUAUUCUACCCACUAAACCAUACUCCCAGCGCUAACUUAGGUUUUAUAAAACCAAUUACACAGUCUUUCACUCAAAGUCUUACCUCCCCUUUACCUCAUUUGUAGGACAUGUUAGAGGCAAUUAUAUAUGCAACCCAUACCUGAUUUCUCCCUCUGAGACAAACUGUGGGGCUGUUUAGUAAACAAGCAUGCAGCUAGGGGCAUAUCUUUGAGACACAACAUUAGGAGAUGGAAAAGGAGAUGUGUAUAUAGUUGAUCCGAGGGCCCUGUGAGAGCUCAAGAGAAGACAGGCAAGAGUAGGUUAAGGAGGAAGGCAGACAUGUGGUAGGGAAUUCAGAGUUCUUGGUUGUCUGCCUGUAGUCUUUUGUAAGCUGUGGGACAAGCUGUUCUCACUAGGUGUACUGAUAAGCUAUUCAUUGUAUGAUUGACUGUGUUUUUGCUAUAUUAACCCUACAUCGUUUCUCUGUGUUCUUUUUCUAGUCUAGGUCUCCUCUUACUUUUAAGAACAAUAACCUGUUUCUCCUAGGUUCUUCCUGCCCUGCUGGUGCUGUGGUCCCAACCGGAAACUUCCCUCCACACAGUGUGAUGCUUAUGGGCGCAUUCCUUACUGUUAUAAAACCCUGAGCUAGCUUCUGGCUUUUCACACAGGAAAGCUCCAGCAAACCUGCAUGGGACACGUGAUGCACUGUGGCAGUGGCUGACCAACUGGUGCAUAGGUGGGAGCCUGGGAUGUUUUGCUUCGUUGGGCCAGAUGUGGUGCUGAGGAAGGAGGCUUGAAAACAGUAGAAUCGCUAUAACCCCAUUCUAGAGCGCAGGAGACAGAAUGAAAACCAGUGCUCAGGGUGACCUGAGUACACACCACUGGGAGUGGCAUUACUAAAGAAUUACAUUCUAGUUCCUGUUUGGUUGUGGUUUGUUGUUGUCGUUGUUGUUACUUUUUUUCAAACAAAAUUUAAGAGCUCUUGCUUUUCAGAGUGGAAAGAUUUCUAAUUUGUGAAACUUCAAGAUGGGUAAGGCUUGGUUUUGGCAUUCCAAAAGCAAAAUGUAGCUAAAUGUUUAUAUUUUACAUAGCUGUACCCAGCUAGCAAAUAUGCACACACUUGCACAAAUUACAAAGAAGGAAACUCUUUCUCCCCGAGAGAGGUCCUUUGAACUAUCUUUGCAUUUUUGUUUUUUAAUUAUGAUAGAACACUUUGUGGAAUUUACAAUUUGAAUAUUUUCAGUGUCCAGUGAAAGGCAACUUUUGGUCUUUUUAAAUUUUUUAAUGUGACUCCAGGCUUAAGGGGUCUUCAGGAAAGCUUCUUAGAGAAUCCUGGAGGUGAGAACGAGCUGGCUGCAGAACCUUCGCUCUUUAGAGACUGAAAAUGACAGAUCCUCACCUCUCCACCAAGCCCUUAACCCUUCUGUGUUGGUGAUACGCAUGUUUUAGUAAUCAGGCUAAUGCUAGAUUCUACAAGUUUAUUUUUCUCUCUCUUCCCCAGAACUUUCUCCUGCCCCCUUGAGGUCAUAAUGGAAAGCCAUUUUAUUUUCCUUCAUAAAAUUAGUUUGCAAUCCAAGUACACUCACAUUCCCAAUGAACUGUUAGAAAAUUGAUAAUUGUGGAUACUAAACUGACCAAAUUAUGGUUGUCAAAAAUAACCAAGUUUCUGGGUUGCAAGCAUUAAAAUCUGAACUGUUUUAUUAGUAGAGUCUUAGCAACAUUAAAUUAUUUAAGGAAAUACUAUUGCAUUUCGCCAAAUAGUAUUUUCAGCCCAAUUAUGGGGCCUCUACCAAUGAGUGCACAAUGAUAAUUGUAAUGUCUUUGGAAAAUAGAUGUCUUUUCUAUAUACCUAUGGUCAUAAUUUAUCUGUAACGGAAGGCACUGGACCAUGUGAUCUGGUGAAUCAAGUACUUAUAAAUUAAUGAAGUCCAAUUAUUUUCUUUCUAGCAUCUAUCUGUCCAUCUGUCCAUCCAUCCAUCAAUCCAUCCAUCCAUCCAUCCCUGGUCCCAGUCCAGUCCCAAUCCCUCCGUUUUGGGUUAAUAACCUGGAUUAGCCUGGAUUCCUAUGAGUCCUUUCAUGCCUGGCAUAUGUAACUAAGUGGAGAUUAUGCACUGAACAGCUCUGUGGCCACAAAGUGACAAAAACUUUGCAUCUAAUUGGAGCGUUUAUUGAUUUUCAAAAAAAAAAAAAAACCCUCUGAAAAAUCCCACGCAUCCAACAUGUGAGAACUUGGCAACCUGCAUUAGUAAUUUUUAGCACAAUGAAGCAUAUUCCAAAUGACCUUAAAGCUGUGGCCGGAGAUCAGCAUCGGAGGGAGCAUUUGAACCCUUCAUCUGAGGAGAUUAGAGAAGAAGCCCCUUUCUUGGAAUAUAGAAGUAAUUAAGAAGGAAUGCCAUUUGCAUAAAAGCACUUCCUUUGCAACCUCUGGAGUUUUUUUUAGAAGUAUGCAUUAAUCUUACCCUCUGAUUAAACUGCUUUAAGCUUCUUUCCAAGGAUCAGAGCCAAAUUGGAGGAUUUAUUUCCUCACCUGGCUUUAAAACAUUGCUGUCAAACAGCUAGGCAAAGGCAGGCAAGAGAGCUAGAGCUCCCUUCUGUUUGCAGCAUAUUUGCAGUGGUUCCUAGCUUCUGAGGUGUUUUAAAUUCCCGGAGGAGUCUGUUUACUUUCAACUCUAUUAUAUAUAAAUUGUUACCUGAAUGGGUUUGCAAGAGAUCAAAGAAAGUGUCAACUUAGUAAAUAGAAGAAAUAUUUUGAUCUAUGUUAUAAGGAGAGAUUUAUUUAUGUUUAGAAGUCAACGUGGUUAGAACAAACAGUGGGUUAUUAAAGGCUGAGAAGUGUCAGAGAGGUAGGAAGUAUGAUUUUCUGGAGUCUCAAACAUCUGAACUCUUUUUGAAACUGGAAGAACUAAUAAAAGUUAAUCUGAUGACGAGGAUUUUCUUGUCAUAUGUUUUAGCCAGUCUAACUUUCCUGAGUAUAUCUUCAUUUAUCAGAACCAAUUUUGACUCAACCAGAUGAUUUUGCUUGUCCUCCUAAAAAUAUUGUUUAUAUACCAGUAGUAUGUUGGUAUUUAUAGUUACUUAGGAUUGACGAUACCAGAAAAGAUGAAACCAGUCAGCAGAACUCAUGUAACAUGUGCCCGUGGAUUUAUCGAAUUUGAUAAAAAUGUUUCGCAUCCAAUGCUUUCAUGAAUUAGGAUUUGGUAGCUGGCUUGCUGUCUAUCAGAAAUAAAUUUGUGAACAUAACACAAAGACCUGUAUCCUGAUCAGUUCUUCUUGAUGACUGGAAACAGAAGUUUUUCACCAACUGUAUGUACUGUGUACUGCAAGCAUACAGACCUGAUCCCCUGAGUGGGGAGCCAAGCUGUAGAACUGUGGUACCGUGAGUGUCGCCCUGGUUACACGUUGGGAUGGGAGUCUGGAAUUCCAAAUUGAUGCUCCCAUUAUGUGUUAGUUUUAUAUGUUACCUACAUGCAGGGAAACGUUUGAGAUUCUAUUUGAAUCUCUGGAUCUUUAAGGAUCUUGCCAUAGGUCUGACAAUAGAAGUUUGGGCUUGCAGGCUCUACCUUUCUUUGUAUAUCAGAGUCUGAGGGCUGGAACAGGAACUUGGUACAUUAAUGGUCAUGAGCUGUCCUGGGAACCUUUGAGAUGUUAGCCCUGUUUCGCAUACUCCUUUCUUUUCCCUUGAGGUCUGUGGAAACCUGCCCAGUGCUGCCCAUUCAGAAUCAACAGGUUUGCUUCUGAAUGCCAUCGGUGGCUGUCUCCACCUUUCCAGCUCCACUUGCUUCAGAAGGAAUCUCACAUAAGUCAUGUCUGUUUUAGAGUUUUGAGUGAGAACUGGCUGAGGAAUGCAGGGUUGUUGCCAGUGUAGUGAGUUAAGAUAAGGCUAUGCUGGAAUAUGGGCUUGAAAUCCAACAUGGCUGUAUUCUCACUGAUUCACAGGGAAGAUAUCAUGUGAUGAGGCAGAGGCUGGAGUGACGUGUUCACAAGUCGCAGAACACCAUUGACAGCAAGAGCAGAAAUGGAGAGAAAGGCGUGGGACAGAUUUCCCAUUGCUUUACGAGUGAUUACAGCCCCUCUGACACUUUGAAUUUUGACUCGAAGCUCCCUGAGUUCUUAGUUUGUGGUAUGUGUUAUAACAGCUCUGACACACCUCCCGGGAAAACACAGAUACCAACAGUGAGGUUUUCCUGUGUCAAGUUUACUCUCAGAUGAAAUGUAAAGAUUCCAAAGGAUAAAUGUUAAUAGAAAUGAUUCAAGAUUUGCAUAUAAACUGGGUGUGGGUGUGAUGAUGAAUAUCUGUCAUUUCAACCUUCAGAAGGCAGAGGCAGCAGGAUCACUGUAAGUUGAGGUAAGCCCUGGACUACACAGUGAGUUCCAGGCAAGCUGGGAUGCGUAGCAAGAUCCUGUCUCAAACAAAACAAGGAAAGAAAAGAUCAAGGUUGAGGGUGUAGCUCACUGGCAGAGCUGGACUUCUCAGACUGGGUUUUAAAGUAGUCAGGAAAUUUCAAUAAGGCUUCUAGUAGCUUUAUGCUGUGAAUUUAAAUAUGGGGACUUCAUAUACCUCACAAAGAAUUGCACAUGCAGAAUGUAUUGAGAGUUAUAAUAGCAUUAAGUUAGAUAUAUUGACCUCAGCAUAGUUAUAGUCAAGUUGUGAGAUCUUGCAAGCAAUGUGAAGAAUAUUUUUUCUACCCUCUUUAUACAACAUAUAUUUAUCAUAUCUAAACACUUCUAUCCAAUUAAAAUAUAAAGACAAUUAACCAUCAAAGUUAUGGUCAGACUUUGGGCUUAGAAUCAUGGUUUUUGACUCUCCCAUUGUCCAUUUCUAUAGCAACAACAACUCAAUCCCCUGGCUUUACUUGAGAAAGCUGUCUUAUUCCUUCCUGUUCUCCCUCGGAAUUUGCUGCUCUAAGAGACGAGUAGAUGGACACUUGUCUUUGUUUUCCUUUUUUCCCUAGAAGUUUCAUUCGGACAAACAGCAACAACAACAACAACAACAACAACAACAACAACAAAAAUCAUUUAGACACUGAGACCUUGCAAGGCACAUAAUUUUGGACCUUUAAGGAAAGUUCUGGAUUGAACUAAAGGCACUGAAAAUAGAAGGUUAUAAUUGAAAUGUCAGCAAAUGAUCAAUGUGACUCUAGAAACAAAUGGAUGAAUGAAUAUCCAUAUGAAGAGGAAAACCAUAAAGAAUCUCAGCGCCCUUGAGAACAGAAUGCUAAUGCUUGAUGGAAUGCCGGCAGUCAGAGUCAAAACCGAGCUUGUGGAAUCUGAACAAGGGUCUCCAAACGUCCACAACUACCCCGAUAUGGAAGCUGUCCCCCUCUUGCUAAAUAAUGUGAAAGGGGAGCCCCCAGAGGACUCACUGCCUGUAGAUCACUUUCAGACACAAACUGAGCCAGUGGACUUGUCAAUCAACAAAGCCAGGACCUCCCCUACUGCAGCGUCAUCCUCCCCUGUCUCCAUGACAGCGUCCGCCUCCUCACCUUCUUCAACUUCAACCUCUUCAUCCUCUUCUAGUCGUCCAGCCUCAUCCCCCACUGUUAUAACAUCAGUAUCUUCAGCAUCGUCUUCGUCAACAGUGUUAUCUCCAGGACCCCUUGUUGCCUCUGCAUCUGGCGUGGGCGGCCAGCAGUUCUUGCACAUCAUCCAUCCGGUCCCACCUUCCAGUCCCAUGAACUUACAGUCUAACAAACUCAGUCAUGUUCAUCGAAUCCCUGUGGUGGUACAGUCAGUGCCGGUUGUCUACACAGCUGUACGGUCACCUGGAAAUGUGAACAACACUAUUGUUGUACCGCUCCUGGAGGAUGGGAGGAGCCAUGGCAAAGCACAAAUGGAGCCCCGAGGCCUAUCUCCCAGACAGAGUAAAAGUGACAGUGACGAUGAUGACCUGCCAAAUGUGACCUUAGAUAGCGUUAAUGAAACUGGAUCCACGGCCCUUUCCAUAGCCAGAGCAGUACAAGAGGUACAUCCAUCCCCGGUAUCCAGGGUCCGAGGAAAUCGAAUGAAUAACCAGAAGUUUGCUUGUUCAAUCUCACCAUUUAGCAUUGAGAGCACAAGACGCCAGAGACGAUCAGAAUCCCCAGACUCCAGGAAACGGCGCAUCCACAGAUGUGACUUCGAAGGGUGCAACAAAGUCUAUACAAAAAGUUCUCACCUGAAGGCACACCGGAGAACACACACAGGAGAGAAGCCCUACAAAUGCACGUGGGAAGGCUGCACCUGGAAGUUUGCCCGUUCAGAUGAACUGACCAGACACUACCGCAAACACACGGGAGUGAAGCCAUUCAAGUGCGCGGACUGUGACCGCAGCUUCUCGAGGUCAGACCACCUGGCACUGCACCGUAGGAGGCACAUGCUGGUGUGAGGAAGGCUCCGGUCCAGCUACGUGCAAGAGCUGGGUCUCUUCAGGAGCAACUAACUCAGCAGGGCUGAGCUCCCUCUACAGUGUUAACGUCAAGGGCACCGCCAUUCCCACGGUGCCUGAAACCAGAGCAGGAACAAGAAGGAACCCUUCUCCCUUCGGCCUGAAGGUAACCCCCCAUCAUGACCACACGCGUGAGAGAGCCGUCUGCGUUCACGCUGGCCUGGGAGUUCAGCGCCUCAGGUCCUGAAGAGACAGGCAUUGUUUUCCAUGCUAUGUCCUCUGCCAUUGAAAAGAUGUUUGUAGCUUGUACAUUUUCUGAGCUGGCAGACACUCUGCUAUCAGUCCCUUUAAAGGUCAUCUACCGCAAAUUGAUGGUUAGAGGAGACCUUCUCAGUUUGGAUGAUUCUUCCUUUCCACCCUCACCCUAACCCUAGCCCCUUUUGACAACGAUUUCAGUUCCUAUCUCAGUAAGCUAGAACACACACCCAGUCUGUUACCAGCAAGCAGCAUGGACUAGAAAGGAAGGGGCUAUUGGAGGCACUCUGUUACCCAAAAACAAAGGCACACAGAAGUAGCCCUCUGUGCUAGAUAGCGCUCAUACCUUGUCCUCAUGCCAUCCCCCAAAAGAACCAACAUUGAGUCUUUUCAUUUGUUUGUUGUUGCUUGUUUCUGUUCUGUUUCUAUUCUGUUUUUGUGCAUCAGUUCCAGCAGAGGGGCAGAGCAGUUUCUCAAAGACUAGUCCUGCUCCGCCCUGGCAUGGACUGACAGAGUAUUCCGUAGUUGAAUAGGAAGAGCCUGUCUAAAUAAUAAUAACAAUAAUAAUAACUACUGUCCCACUUCAAAUUGCGGUGUUCUGUCACCUAGGCACCAUCUCCUCCUGCCCUUAGUGUUUGAUUACAAAGAAUCGAGGAGAGGGGGGCUUUCUUAGACACACUGGCACCACGGUAAGAGGUGGAGCUGCCCAGGCAAAGUCACUGAACAUGAAAACGAGACAAAGCAGAGAUGGAAAUAAUGCUCUUCUUGAGGAGAAAAGCAAUAAUGAAUAGAAGGACUUUCCUACAAUAACUCCACUGAGGACUCACAUUACCGAUUUUCAUACUUACUAAAGGGAUUGUAAAAAACACCCCAGCAUCUCAGAGGUCUUAGUUACAGCCACAGCACGGAGGUAAUCUUUCCACUUUCUGUUGUCCUACUUGCUUAAGUACCACACUUAGAGAUUAUGCUCCCCACUUCUUGGUAGGAAACAGUUACUUGGUGACUAGAGAGGCACAGGAGGCAGAGCUGCCGAUGAACUCUUCCGCCUGUGGGUCUCUUCUGCUUGGGCCUGAGUCCGUGGCAAGAGUGUCCCCAUGGGAAGCCUGGCAAGAGUGUCCCCAUGGGAAGCCUGCCUUGGUGCUACUUCUCCAACCUGGAGAGCCGAGAGUCUGACUCUACGCCAUUCACUUUUUAAACUGUCCCAGAAUCCCCGUGCUCCCACAUUGGCAUCCACAGGGACAGACCACCUGCUUCUUCUGGGAGAAGGGUCAGAGCAAAGCUAGGUUCCAUCCUAUCUCUCAAGUAAAGAGCUUUUUGUAUUUAGCGAAAUGUACAGGAAAAGCAAUAUAUCCCCCCAACCCCCCAACAAGCACUCUUUCCAAAAUAGUCUGUCACCACUGAAAGCUGCUGUUUUCCCAGCUUUCUGUGGCAAAUUGGGUUUGGUGAGAUUUUUGUUGUUAAGACAUUUUAUAGCUUAAAUAUUAAAGGUCUCCAGUGAAGGCCUUUGCAAUAUAUUUCAAUGACACACUUGAUUUGGGAAACUGCACAAAUCAACCUCAUAGGGUUCCUAGCUCAGUUUUGAAUGUCUGCACAUUCUAAAAUGAUUUCUGGUGACAGUUAUCCUUCCUAGUAUCAGCUUCUAAUCAGGAUAAUUGUAUUCUGACAAAGCAAGAGCUAUGAACAUUACAAGGAGAACCAUUUGUGUCGGGUAGCUUUGAAAAAGACUUUUAAUAACUGUUCAGGCAAAAGUAGCAUGAUUUACAGGUCAAGUCCCAGCUUCAGAGAUCUGUGCUCUACAUUUUCUGCCAGGUAUAAAAACUUCAUCAGGCAAUUUCCCUCCUCCAAGGGCUGUAGUUCUAUUGAUAAAUAGCUUCAGCUACACAGGUUGGUACCCACCAGCCAGCAGGAUUUUUUGGUUAUUGCUUUUUGUUGUUAUUUUUUUAUAUAUAUACCAACUGGAACAUUUUUAAAUCUGUACUGUAUGCACUUCCUACUUCUCAUUGCCUGUAAUCAUCCAGAAUAAAACCAGGUUUCCUGAUGCACGCCAGCAUUAGUAACUGGCCAGGGCAAAGAACCCUGACAGUGGCAAACAAGCAGGAUCCCCCAGGCGCUGGCCCUAGAGCCUAAUUGAUAGGUCGUAAGGAAGUCGCUCAAGUCAAGUACACGGUUGGCUUAGUUCUGUCUGCUCUCGUAGGAGCCAGUCCUUUCUCCACUGAGAAAGCAUCUUGCCAGUUUUACAGGGAGAAUUCACUGAUCUGACAAGCCAGGGAAGCUUCCUGACUGACAUCUUAAUUUAAAUUUAGCACAGAACUAAGAGAGUCGUACCUCUCUAGCAGCAUAAGGAAGAUGUGGGGAAGUGAGCUCUUCCCCCCUCGCUCCCUGAAAAUGGAAAGCAUACUGAGAUGGUAAGGUAACGGAUGAAACCUGCCACCAUUACAACGUUUCCCUCUUCUUGACAUAGCGAUAUUUUUAGAAGAGUUGCAAGCACAAAUGAACACAUCCCUGAUCUGGCCCAAGAACUGAGACUUAUUUGGCACUCGUCUGGAGGACGUAACCAAUCCUCCGCAGUAAGUUUCCGAGGUGUGUUCCCCUUAUAACAGAAAGUGGUUUGAGACUAAAGGAAAUGGGAUAUCCUUAGUCACAGAAAAGCCACCACCCAUUUCAUCGUCCAGUCUAGCUUCUUGAAAAGCACAGUGUAUGAUAAGCUAUCAAAAAGAAAAAGAGAGAGAGAGAGAACCCUAAAGCACCUCUCAGUGGUUUCCUAAGCAUGCUUUGGUUUCAGGUUUGAAGUGGUUCAUCUUGCAGCUAGGAAGGGUGUGUGUGUUUGGGAACACCUCGCACACACACAGUGGGGAGAACCAAUUGUCUCCUUGAAAUGUAAAAGCUGAUGACAAGGGAGGUGGGCUAUUAGGGGUUUUCAGAGAGUCCCUUAUAAGGUUACAUAAAUAAAACGAGCACUUUUAAAUAUCACUUUAAAGAUUAAAAGGGAAACAAGAUUAGUGAAGGGGGGGGGCUUUCAAAAUGCUUCUGUGUUUACAGACAAGGGUUGUAGGUGAUUAGAAAGGCCAUGUUCAUCAUGGUUGAAAUUUGGAACAGCUCAUGUGAAGACUGUGUACGCUUUCAUGCAACUUGUUUAAUGUCAGACUGCCAUUCGAGUCUGGACUGGAAAUGGAACUCUGCACUUUGAGAUCAGCUCAUUAGAAUGAUAACGUGUAUAUGGAUAAAGAUGCAGUAUUCCUUAGUCUGUGCUUUGUUUAUUAUCUGUACCAAAGCUGCAAUUGAAUAGAUCCGGUGAGGGGAGGCCUUCAGUUGUAAUCACAUGCCGUUGUUUUGUUGUAGUGACUGCCUAGAAACGUUGCUGAGAUAUUGUUAGGAGGCUGUCCAGUUCCUUGUAUUGUGAGGAUUCUUAGAAUUGAAGCAGUGUUAAUACCAGCACACACACAGUCUGCAUAGAAAGGAUCGAAUGUGAGUUAAUGCUGGCGAACCACAUAGGCCCAGGAAGCCUUAAUACUCAUAGCUCAAAUCAGAGUUUAUUCUUUACCAUUGCCUGUAAGUGUAUCACGUAAAUGUAGGCCACCGGCCAGCUCUCUCUCUCUCCCUUUCCUGAGGUUGUAUAUCCCACAAAAAUGUUUUCAGAUUGACUUGGCUCAGCUAAGGAAAGAGGGUUGGCUGGCCAUGUCUUCCAUAUUCCACGUCUACUUGUUCCCACACUGCCUUUCACUUAUCUGGACAGUCACCCGCAACACAUGCACCUGUGUGCACACAUCUGUAUAUGCAGCAGCCAGCAGGCAAGCAAAUAUCAACAAAGACCUUUUUUUAAAGAAAUAAUUUGUAAUAAUCCAUCCUAUGUAGAAAUGUAAGUUAUUACCCAACUAGAGAAUCAGCUUAUAAUACUAUGUAACUUUGCCUGCGUUUUAUAGUUAAGAAAUGUAUAUAAAAAAUCUAAAAUGCUAUAUUUUCACAAUUUCAUUAUAGAGUAAUGUGUGUUUAGCAACCCAUGCCCAUUGGUAUUUUAAAUAUGCUAAAUAUUGAACAAUUGCAAUAGAAAUUCAGAUUUUCAUAAGAAAAUAAAACAGAAGGAUACUGCAUCUUUAAAAAACAGAGUGACGCUAUUUUACUGUAUUCGUAACAUAUGUGAUAGUGGAAAAGUAUUUUCAAACAUGCAAAUUUUACAGAGGUUGUAAAUAGUUUGAUGACGUAUGUUGGGGAAAAGCUUCUAGUUUUCAUCACAAUAAAAAAAAAAAAACCACUUGUUCAGAUAUGCCUUGUGUAUGGAUGAUACACACAAUUAGCAAUGUUGCCAUGGGAACUGGUUCCACUUGUUGAUGUUCUUGGUGCUUGGCUAGAGCUGAGUGGCCACUUGUCAUGGUGUAGCCAGAAUGAUUUGAAACUCAAAUGAAGUCACGUUUUCAAACUUGUCAUGUCUUUUUCUUGGGACUGAAAAAGUGAGGACUUACUUGUUCUAGAAAGAAUCAUAUAGCAAUCAUCAUUCUCCCCUCUCACUGAUCUUUGUCCUCAACAAGAUGGUUUUCAAUUGAGAAAACAAAAUGAAAUACAGGUAUUUCUUUCUUGUGUAGGUUCCAGAGGGAUUGUUCUCUGGUCUAGGCGUAGGUCGAUGAGGUUAAGUGUAUGGAUAUGGCCACAUAGUAAAAGAUUCUGCAGUGGCAACAGGAAAAAGGUAAUGCCCAUUUUUCAGAAAUGAAUUAAACGCUGAAAGUGCCUGUCAAUGAAUGUGACCAAUGAGAUAAUCCUGUACUUUCACACAGCAAUAAUUAUUUAUUAUACAUGGUUUUUCCUACACAGUUUGAGAGCUCUCUCUUUCUCUCUCUCUCUCUGUCCCUCCCUCCUCCUCCACACACACAUAGGAAAGAAAUGCACAUAGGAAAUUAAAUCUGUUCACGCAAACCCACAGAAGAGGGCUUUCAUCACUUUGAAGUAUAACGAAUCUGAUUUGCAAUUUACUAUCUCUUCAUUCCAUCUUUCUUACUUGAAUAUAAGCAGGCGAUAUAUAUGGAGAUUAAGGUUAUCUUUAGCGUUCACGACAAUUAUAAUGUUCAGAUAAAAGUUUGACUGUGAUGAACCUCAGACUUACGACAGAGCACGUAUAGCUCAGACAGGCUUGCUCUGUUAAAAACACCAACAUACUUGGAGCAGAUUUGUAAGGGAUUUUUUUUGUCUGCUUUAUUUUACCCACUUAGCUCGGUGCACAAGUCCAUCCUUAUGUGCUCCAUUCUCUUUUCAUCUGACAUGUACCCUCGCACCAUCAAGGAGCAUCUAGAGAUGCACAUUGACAAAUUAUCCCUCUCUUCCCCCAAAAAGUCCUCGGAUACUUGUGAAGGCCUUCAGACAGGUAUUUAGUUAAUCCUGACAGUUACCUCACGAUGUACAAUCAGACGCUUAUAAGCUCUUUUCUAAAAUUAUUUUAUAGCUACAAGUAGAGUCAGGGGUAGAAAUGAGACUGUAUAUAGACAUGAUCCCAGCCUCUUCUCCAGCCUUGCUCUUUCAAAGCAUGAAUCCACCCAGACAAGCUGUUGAGGCUACGUGAAACGCUGUACUCUUUCAGAGCCAAAUACUCGGUAAGAACAGCUCUUAACGUAUGGCGGUGAUUACACAGUCAGGUUUUAGACGGCGUAUGAUACUGGAGCAGAAUAGCAGUCUCCGGGUCCCAUACUCAGGUGGAGAAAAGCAUCCACUGUUCACCCUACUUUGUUUUAAAAAUGAAGGGUGAAUACAAAUGAUUCAGUGGGUAGAUGGGAAAACCAAACAGGUGCCAUGUCAAAGCACAGCUACUGUGGUCCCUGGUCUCACUGAAGUCAAACCUUCUUUCCCCAUGUUGUCUGAAUGUGCUAAAGCAUCCCUUAAGGUUCAAAGCUCCGUGCACGGGGGCGGGGGGGGGGGGGGACGAUAGCUACUCCUAAUUAAUUCCAUGUGCUGACUGCUACACUAAGAAUUCGAAUAUUACCUCCCAUCUCUACAACCAUUCUCCAGUUGAUGGAUGAGAAACUGAGGCACAACAGGAAUGGCUGAGAUGUCCAAGGGUACAGAAUAAGUGGGUAGAGUGGGAAUACAUAUCCUCCGGGCUCUGCAGCCUGUAUUGUAGGCACACCCCUGUUCCCUAUUCCUGUCUGCACAUUCCCGGUCUCUUACUCAGUUUUGUUCUGAGGGCCCUGCGGGGGUAAAUAAAAGAACGUCCCCUAGCACACAGUGUGACUAUAGUAGAGAAGAUUUUAGAUCAGAACCUUCCUGGAAAGUCACCGAUGGAUGGCCAUUCUGGACAAACAUUGAACCAGAGAUCUCCCUAAACUUGGCACUUUCAUUCAUAGGUUUGCCCAGAGCCUCUAAGAUUUUCAAAACCUUUCUUACUUCCCAUUACAAUUUAGUCCCAGUUAGUUUUCCUCAAUUUACAUAUUUCCUUUUCCCUAACAGACCUGCUCUAAUCUGUGAAAGGGCAUGUGAGACCCUCACCUGAGUAAAGCUACUUCUUAACUGCAGAGGCCACUCUUACAGGUAGACAGGUCCCUUCCAGGCCUCACUUAACAGCACUGCCUCGGAAUGUUUUAAAUAGUCUCAUAAAUAAUUUGCUUACAGUAUUGUUAGUUUGAGUUUUAUGUGAGGAGCUGUCUAACAUCAGAGCAAUGAAAUCCCUCCCUGUCUGCAUAGAAGGUCUCUGACAGUAUUGAUUCAUGGAUGCACUAAUGGACUUUGAAAACAUUAACAAUGCCAUUUCUCAGAGUGUUUCAGUUUGUGAAAAUGAAUCUCCUAAAUUAUGAUCUUUCUCCCUGUUAGUUGGCUGGGGGAAGAGAUAAAAGCUAUAUAAACAACUUCUCUUCCAUGCUGAAAGCAAGGGUCUAUGUCCACAGCCUCCUUGUAGAUGGGGACUCUGGUCACUUAAUUGAGUUUCAACAAUUACUUCUCAGAUGACAAUGCCACCACCCUAAGUGGGUUGACAAGUGGGAAGAGUCACAUCAAUAACCUUUUUUCCCCCCUGAAUUUCAUCUCUAGAAAUGUGAAGUGUUUCAGUGAUGCUAGUUAUGAAUUAUUUUUUUUUCAAAUGCAGGUGCAGCCAAGUCCUUGACAGAGAUUAAUCUUUGUUGAGAAAUGAGGGUUUAUAAGAGAGAAUUCCUCUCCAAUUCUACUAGUAAAAGUGUCCAGUCAAUCAAAAAGGAAGAUAUUUUAGGAAUAUUUUGACAUCUCCCUUUUAUGCUCAUUUUGUUCUCUAAAAAUACAACAUAAAACAUGACAGAUGUGUUUUUUUCCCAACUCAUGUUUCUAGGUUCCUUGUGGCAGGAUUUUGUGAUUGUUUCCAGACCAUAGACUAUAUUCUGUUCCUCAAAUUAUUACAUUCAGUAGGUAUCGUUGAACCAGGCACUGGUGCUUACAUGCAAGGCUCUUUCCUAUCAACUUGUGUGUGUGCAACUUGUUGUGUUUGAAGGUUCAUCUUUGAAAGCCAUCGUCUCCCGCCAUGGAAUGGCAGUUGUAUUGUUUUGUCCAUGUCUAUGUGGGACACAUUGCAUCCCAUGGCAAAGCAACUAUAAAUGGAUGUGAGAUAACGAAUUAACAAAACCAGCUUGAAAACAUUGUCUUCUGUAUUACAUCAUCCUGCCUCAUAAUGCAAUUAUGUGUAUCAUGAUCACCUUUUACAAAGAGAAACCAGCAAAUUCAUGUUUGUCCAUAGAAGGGUGUACUAGGAAUUGUCUGUGUUGUGAAACUAUGAGAACAGACCACCUUUAAUAUAUCCACCUGCCACUUAAAAUGACUUAGUUAUAAUUAGUAGUAGUCUAGACGUUGCUCUUGGUGUGUGGGGGUCAGUGCAGACAUCAUAAUCCUUUGAAUAAGCCUCCCAGUCAUAUCUGAAAAAACACACACACACACACAUGAGAAUAAAGAAAAACAUCAUCUUUGUCCAAAUCAAGCAGGCAUCUCUUUGCUUUUCCUCAAUACUGAGCUCAUUACACAUGGUGAUUGGAUCACAAGAUCUGUGUAAAAUACAAAAAUGUCGUUUACUUAUGCUAGGCUGGAAACCUCUGCAUGGGAAAGUGAAUAGAUGAGCUGCUUCUGGUUCAUAUCUAUGGGUGUAAUCUUACAAAAAGACUCUUGGUCAUGUGACCCAGACAGUUGGAGUGCCCAGAGGAAAGCCUACAUAUUAAAGAAUAAAAUCCCCCGAGGAGGCUGGCAAGCAAAUGUGUUGAGUUCUUAAAUCUUUGUUCGGUUUUUCUGUUCAGAGUUUUAAUUGCAAAUGAAUUUAUUUCUUCAGCUUAAAGAUCUAAUUUCCUAAUAGUUUCCUCCGCAUUUAUAUACUCUGUAGUGUUUAGGCAGCUCCUGUUAUAAGUUUAUUAAUAUUAUGUAAGUGUUGUUCUUGUAUUUAUGUAUAGUGUAUGUAUUGUAAAUAUACUCAGAGCUUUUCCUUUUUACUGUAAAAUGGUGAUUUUUUUUUGCCCUAUGAUAAUGAAAAGAGAGACUCUCCUAAUGAGGUUCUCUCAGAAGAUUAUUCCAGUCUAUUCUCAGAGAUUUAAAUGAACAAGUGUUAUCGUUUUCAAUGGUGUCUCAGACAUAUUCUGUUGGUGCAUCGCUUUUCUGUAUUCAACUUUCCUAUGAAUUGAGCUGUGAACUGAAAUAGAGUUUAAACCUUUAUCUGUAUGCAUUUGUAUAAUUAUCUGAAUGAAGGCAUGAAGGUUAAAUAAAGCAUUUUGUAUGGAA